AUGAGUGGACAAUGGAAUGGCCGAGGUGGUGGUAAUAAAUGGAAUAAUAGGGGAGGUUACCAGUCAUGGCGAGGUGGAAAUGGCAGAGGUAAUAAUAAUUGGAGAGGUCGAGGUGGUAACUGGAGAGGAAGAGGAAGUUACUACAAUCAAUAUGGUAACCGAGGAAGGGGAAGUAAUCAAACUAGUACAGGACCCGCUAGCUCCCAGUUAAGUUUUAUGGGUGAUCCACAACAAAACAACAGACCAAGACUAGCUCAAGCUCAUAUUGAAAUAGUAUCACCAUAUAAUGGAUGGAAACACUAUUUCCCUGAAGAAGGUUAUUCAGACCAUUCCCCUUCAGUUAAGAUGAUUCAAACAUUUGAGAAAUAUUUUGUAAGCUGGUCUAGUUCGUAUGAUUUGGAUGAUAUUGAAGUGAAAGGUUUUAUUAAGGUUGAUUUUAAAGAACUGACAACAGACAAAACUAUUAUCAGCAGUUAUCCUAGUUUGGCUAGUGAAUUGCGAAACAGCCCUGAAAAAAUAAUAGCAUGUUUAGGACUAGCAAUACAUCAGGUAUAUACUGAAUAUCUAAUAUUAUGUUAUUGUACCUUGCUUGAUAAGAUAUUUUUUCCAAUAAUAGAACAUGAUGAAGCUAUGUCUGAUGUACCUGCUUCCCAGCAAACACAAUAUUCUGUACCUAUCAUACAUGCUAGAGUUCACAAUAUAGGGGCUUUAACCCCUUUAAAAUUAGUCAAGGCUAAUUGUUAUGGUAAAUUUAUAUGUAUAAAAGGAACUGUAGUACGUGUUAGUAAUAUUAAACCAUUAUGUACUAAUAUGGGUUUUGAAUGUAUAACUUGUGGUACUUUACAGUGUUUAGCAUUACCAGAUGGGAAAUAUAUCACACCAACCAGAUGUAUAUCAAAUCUUUGUCGUGGUAGAAUAUUUAUACCACAAGUAUCAUCAAGUUUUACAGAAACUAUAGACUGGCAAACUAUCAGGGUACAAGAAAUAAUGAGUGAUGAUCAGAAGGAAUCAGGAAGAAUACCUCGAACCAUUGAUUGUGAUUUAACAUAUGAUUUAGUUGAUACUUGUGUACCUGGUGAUAUUGUUACUGUUACUGGUAUUGUUAAAGUCAAUAAUGUUGAAGAAAAUAGAAGUAGAAGUAAAGAUAAAUGUAUGUUUUUAUUAUAUCUACAUGUUAAUAGUGUCACUAAUUUAAAGGGAAAUAAUAAAUCAAAUCAAAAUGAAAGUUCCAAUGGUUUAGCAAUGGAUUUUUCUAUGAAAGAAUUAUAUGCUAUUGAAGAAAUACAAAGUGAAGAAAAUCUUUUUAGAUUAUUGAUAGGAUCAAUUUGUCCAUCAAUUUAUGGUCAUGAGAUGGUAAAGGCUGGUUUAGUUUUAACACUAUUUGGUGGUUCUAAUAAAUAUACUAAUGAUAAGAAUAGAAUACCAGUUCGUGGUGAUCCUCAUAUACUGAUAGUUGGUGAUCCAGGUUUAGGCAAAAGUCAGAUGUUACAAGCUGUAUCUAAUAUAGCACCAAGAAGUGUUUAUGUUUGCGGUAAUACAACAACUACUACAGGUCUUACGGUGACAUUAUCUAAAGAUAGUGGAUCUGGUGACUAUGCAUUAGAAGCUGGAGCCUUGGUGUUAUCUGAUCAGGGAUGUUGUUGUAUUGAUGAAUUUGAUAAAAUGACCUCACAACAUCAGGCAUUACUGGAAGCUAUGGAACAACAAAGUAUUAGUAUUGCCAAGGCUGGUAUAGUUUGCAGUUUACCAGCUAGAACAUCUAUAAUAGCAGCAGCUAAUCCUGUUGGUGGUCAUUAUAAUAAAGGAAAAACUGUUUCAGAAAAUCUCAAAAUGGGAAGUGCUCUACUCUCAAGAUUUGAUUUGGUAUUUAUUUUGUUAGAUAAUCCAGAUGAGGAACUAGACUGUAUGCUAUCAGAUCAUGUUAUGUCAUUACAUGCUGGUAAGAAAACCAGGCCUGUCACCAAAGUUUCAGUUCAAAGACAACAAAUUGAAAAUUUAGAUGAAUCAAGAUUACAAUGGGAGGCUGAUAAACCACUCAGUGAGAAAUUAAAAAUACCUAAAACAGAAGCUUUUGAUCCAAUACCAAACCAGUUACUUAGAAAGUAUAUUGGUUAUGCAAGGAAGUAUGUACAUCCUAAAAUUGGUAGUGAAGCUGCUAAGGUGUUGCAGGAAUUUUAUUUAAAUUUACGUAAGAAACAUCAAAGUCAAGACAGUACACCUAUAACAACUAGACAAUUAGAAUCAUUAAUUAGACUCACAGAAGCCAGAGCUAGAUUAGAAUUAAGAGAAGAAGCAACUCAAUCUGAUGCUGAACAAGUUGUUGAGAUCAUGAAAUAUAGUAUGUUUGAAACUUUUUCUGAUCAGUUUGGUUGUAUAGAUUUUCAGAGAUCUCAACAUGGCUCUGGUAUGAGUGGGCGUUCAAAGCCCAAGAAAUUCAUUGCUGCUUUACAACGUAUAGCAGAACAAACUUAUAAUUCUAUAUUUACAGUAGAUCAGAUCAGACAAAUAGCUAAGGAUAUCAAUAUUCUAGUGACAGAUUUUGAGGGUUUUAUCAGUUCUCUCAAUAAUCAAGGAUUUUUAUUAAAGAAAGGACAACGUGUUUAUCAAUUACAAACUUUUGAUUAUUGA